GUUUAUGGAUAUUUUGAAACCAUUUGGGUUUCCGACAGUUGUCCAGUUAUAAGAUCUUGGAUGGACAUCUUGUUUUUUUUUAAUAUACAAGUGUAAUAUAAAUAAGUGUUAACUUAGAUUUCAGCCAUAGUGUUAGUGUAUUUAAAAAUGGCCGAAGACACGCCAUCGUUCCAAGAUAAAGUGAUGCUGCGUAGUGAAAUGCAGGUACUUUUUGAAGAGGAGAAGGCAUCUCUAGUUGAGCAACACAAGAGGGAUCAGAGAGCCCUCUCAGACAUGGAAGAAAGGCUACAAAUGAUAAAAAGAACGGAGCAAGAAGUGAAGGAAGACUUGGCAGCGACCAUUAAAGAACACAAGGAGUAUAAACUUAAAUGGGAAGAGGAUCGAAAUGAGCUGCAAAAGAAAAUACUUGAAUUGCAAGAAAAAUUAUUGGAGGAAAAUACGAGUAGAGAAGGCCAAUUGACAGAAAUUAAAAAAGAUUUGACAGAGAAAACGCAGGCUUUCGAAGGAGCCCAAGAUGAAGUAAAAACGCUUAAAGCGGAACUCUCUAGACAGAGGAAAAAAGCAAAAGAAUGCAUAAGUCUACGGAUUCGUGUUGAGAAGCAGACAUUUGAAUUGGAGUCGCUUACCAACAAACUGAAGAACUUGGAGUAUGAAAGGGAUUCCUAUAAGGAUUGGCAGCAACUAUCCAAGACUGCCCAAAACCGCUUCACCCAUAUGGCGGAACUAGAAACGGAGGUGGUAAAGUUGCGGGCCUCAGAGCGCUCCCUGCGCGACGCCGUCUGCAACACGUUAGUGCUGGAGGAGCAGGUGCACCAGCUCACGGUGAAGGUCGAGGCACUGCAAAAUGCGGAGAAGGAGCUACAUGAGGCCAAUCUAAAGAUAGAACGCCUUGAAUCGUUGCUGGAAGAAUGGAAGAUUGGAGCGCAGCAGGUGCUCGGCGUGGAGUCUGCGCGCGCAAUAUCCUCAGUUGUGGACAGUGCGCUCAACGACCAGGUGAACGCAGUCAUGGACUGCUCGAACGCGAAGUCGCAAGUCGCAGUACUCACCGAGAAAGUGGUAACGCUGGAGUUCGAGCGGGAUCAGGUAACGGCUAAACUGAGAGAGGUGAUGGACGUGACCUUGGAUCAAGAACGUAUUCAUCAAAGGCUACAACAACGGCUACGGCUGACAGAGAGCGAGCGAAAUAGUUACAGGCAACAAUGCGAUAGUUACGAAAAGGAGUGGCCUCUGAGCGGAGCGACGGAAGCGGUCAGUACGGCGCUACUCUCCGCGCGAGUUGCGCAGUUGGAGGAAGCGUUGCAAGGCUACCGGGACGAGCUGGCUAACCAGGACCUCGUGGCACAAGCUAAUGCUCUUAAAAGCGCGCGACUGGAGGCGAUCAAAUUCCGCGAAGAAGCCGAGGCUGCAAAGUGUGAAGCUCACAAAUUGCUCCUCCAAAGAGAUCGGCUACAAGUGCAUUUAGAGAAACUCGCCGCACCGACUAAGGAUGAAGGAGGAUUAACGUCUUCGGCUGAAGAAUACAAGGAGUUAUGCUGCAAACUUCUAGGUUACAAUGUAGAUAAGAUUGGUCAUAACAUCUAUAGGAUGUCAAAUAUAUACGCCAAAUCGGUGGAAGAAUACUUUACGAUAACACUAUGCGAUGACAGCAUUGAAAUAGCUCACUCGGACUAUUUAGCGUCUCUGGCAGAAUUAGUGAAGUUGUACGUGAACAAUUAUCAUUCCAUACCGGUGUUUCUGAGCGCAUUAACGAUGGAACUUUUCACAACAACUAGUAGCCAACAAGAGGCCCAAGAGUGUGAUACAAGAGUGUGAUAAAUAGAUCGGGCUGUACAAAUUGAUUACAGAUUGGCAAUAGAACUCUAAUGUUUUUACGAUACAGGAUGUGAUUUGCGGAUAUAUAGUUCAAAAGUCCAAAAUUUAAGAUUGCUAAAUUUACCACCAUUGGAAAAUCAGUAAAUAAAUCAUAACUAUCUUUAUUCUA